UACAAAGGCGGAAGUGGAACACAGCCACACAAGAUGGCGGAGUACAGCCAGGCAGGGCUCGUCGGGGCUCUGCUGCUCUUCACGGCUCUCACACUCCGGGACGUGUAUGUCGGAAGGUCGAGUCCGCAGCAGGCCAGCGGUCCCGGCCUGUCAGUGGACAUGAAGCGGGAGAUGGAGCCCAGCAAAGCUGCCAAGUCGACCCUCUACAGCGGGCCUGUGCUCAGAUUCCAAUACUGUAUCUCCUGAGGCUACAGUAAAGCGUUCCAGGAGUACUCGCGGGCCAUCAGCCAGCUGUACCCGGACAUGCGCAUUGAGGGAGAAAACUACCCCCCCACCCGUUUCAACAGGAUUGUUGGCAACCUGAUCUCCUACGUGAAGCUUCUCUCCAUCAUGGUGAUUGUCAGUGGUCAGAACGUGUUCGCCAUGCUUGGCAUCAACACGCCCAGGGCGUGGACCUGGAGUCAGGACAACAAGAUCUUCUCCUGUCUGAUGGCCUUCUUCCUCUGUAACAUGAUGGAGACGCACUUCCUGUCCACUGGAGCCUUUGAAGUUACUCUCAAUGAUGUUCCCAUCUGGUCGAAGCUUCAGUCGGGUUACGUGCCAAACAUCCGGGAGAUCUUCCAGAUCCUUGACAACCACCUGAAGAUGAACCAGGUGGAUUCCACAAGCUUCUCCACGGUUUAGAACUUUGAUGGAGGUCAACAAGGCAACAGCAGGUGUCCUGGCUAAGCGGGGCGAUCAGCCGUUGGUAUCCAUGAAGGUUCGGUCUUAAAGCAGACUCUGCGGGACUGAACCGGAAGUUUCCCGCCAAUCGACGGAGCGCCUCCCACCACCAGGUCACAGCUCAGCACUCGAGUGACCGAGGUUGUCCUUCUUUGUCAUAUAUUUAUUUUGUUUGAAUCUUGAGAAAAUGAUGGUAACUCGUGUUAGCCUCACGACAUCUACUACAGACCGUACAAAAAGUGUCAAUCAUGUUUAAAGUGACCAGCGAAAACAGCUGAGUUUUCAAAUUUUCCCUGCUGUCUUUUUGUGGGGGUGGAGCCUAAAACAACAAUGAAAGUCUUGAAAGACAUGCAGCGGCCUCCUACUUGGAACACUCUAGGUUCUACUGGACUGACAUCCUUUCAAUUCUUGACUUAAAAAGUGAUGAUUUUUGGAAAUAAAUGAUGAUUGACAUGAUGA